ACUUAGUUUCCGGGAACGGAGAGUCGGCUCAAUCAGUCCGCUGUGUUUGUUCAAGGAACAAACAAAGACAGCAGAUAUCAAAUCCCCCUGAAAAAUGACACCUUAGUCCUUAACUUCUUUGUUCUUUCUUCUGGGCUGCUGUGGCCCGCCGGACCCUCUCUCCCUUCGAUGGUUUCAAGUUCAGAUGUCCUCAUGCAGGUCUGGUACUACUUGUACUAGCGCAGGUGCCUACGAGGGCAACUUUCUCAAUUUGAGCUUCGAUUUCCAGUACUGGCAGAUCGCUGACUAAAUCAAUAAUAGCACCUAUUCAAUGUGCUUCUAGGCUGCCAGGAUGGGCAACAAUCGAUCAAAAUAUCGCGACGAGAUCCUCCGUAUGAUGUAUGUGGCCGGGGAAACAGGGGAACCCUCCGUCGAAACCACAACUCUGGUGGAGGAUAUUGUGAGAGACCAGGUUGUGCAAGUGAUCGUGACAGCGGGUCAACUGGCCGCUCGACGCGGGAAGCCAAGAUUCACCAUCGACGAUGCCCUCUUCCAAGUCCGCCACGAUCCUGGAAGACUCGCCCGCCUCCGCAACUUUAUGCGGUGGAAACAGCUCCGCAAAAAGGUCAAGGACGAUGAUGCGGCGGACGAGAUCGACCUCGACGAUGUCGACGACCUCGUAGUAGAAGCCGAUGCAGCAGCAGCGGCCACGCCCGGCGAGGCAGACGGCGACGAUGACGAUUCCCCUGCCCGCCCAAGAAAGACCGGCGGUCCGGUGCUAGAAGCGCCUAUUCCACCCUUGCCGUGGUCUACCCUCUCUUUCUUCCCUUAUGCCUCGGACAUACCCAGUGUUCUUGCCAUCGAAGAUGAAGCCGAAGACGGGGGCGGCAGCACGGCAACGGAGCUUGGCCCUUUGCCAGGCAGCACGUCCAACCCCUGGCUCAUGGCCCGUCUCGUGAAGAACGACGAGAGAACAAAGGGCAUGACCGCUGAAGAGUAUGCCACCUGGUCCGAGUGCCGGUCCGCAUCGUUUACCUAUCGCAAGAAGAAGACCUUCAGGGAAUGGUGCGGGCUGGGCGUGGUGGCUGACUACAGGUCAACUGACGACGUGCUGGAGGUGUUAGGGUUCUUAACGAGUGAAUGGGUGCAGAGUCUGACUGAGGGCGCGAUAGCUGUUCAGGCGCAGGAAGCUAGGGCGGCUGAUGCUAACGGUGGCAAUGAGGGGGUGGUGGUAAAGAGGAAGACUGUGGAAGGUCCCUUUUCGUCGGUGGGUGUAAAAGGAGGGGAGAGCAGGAAUGGCAGGAACAACACCGGAAAUGCAGAGCUGCCGAGUAGAAGCCCGAUCCAACCACGGCAUGUCAGGAGGGCAUUUGAGCAACUCCAGAUACCGCCGAAGAGAUACAGGGCUAUGCUAAAUGGUACAACUUUGCGGAGGACGAAAAGACCCAGACUGUUCUGAGUCCAGAGAAGCUCCAAUCAGUUUUAAUGCUAUUUAUCGUCUGGAUGUCAGGGAAGAUACUUCAGAUUACGAGUUUCAUUCAUCUUAACCCUCUCUUUUCCAACGCUA